CUUUGAUAGCUGUCACAGUAAUCAAGACGAAAUAAAAUUUUUGUUGAUCAAAUUCUCGUUUUUCGUGAAAUUGUGAGUUCUUUAUAACCAUGGCGUCUAUUAAAGAGUCGAAUAUUGGCAACAAGGUGUUCACCUGGUGGGAAAAACCUCCUAUCCAAUAUGCAUUUUUCCAUCCCUUAAUACGGCUGAGGUUAGAAAAACUAAUGGGUACUAACGUAUGUAGUCUGACAGACAGGGAUUAUAUGACACGGCUGCAAAUAAGAAUAUUGGAAGACUAUGCCGAAAAAAUGGAUAAACGGAUUAAAACUAGAGAGGCUGAAGAAUUGGAACGGGUGAAGAAUCUUGUAUUAAACGGCACUAUUCCAUUAAGUCAAGCUCCUCCCGAAAUGGCCGAUCAUCCUGUUAUGUUGAUAGAUGCUAUUUGUAACAAACUAAUAGCCGAAAGAAGAGCGAAGAUCAAAAUACCAAAAGUGAAGAUUCCCACAUUCUUGUAUUGGGAUGAUACACCUGAUCCGGAAUCGGGAUUAACCAUACAGAAAGGUCACGUUUUUAGAGGCCCAGAAGAAAGAUUAUGCCUUUCUGCAGAUAGGUUCCUGAACUAUUCCGAAGAACAUGAAGAGAAAUAUAGCUUGCCACAAGAAGAAUAUGAUAAAAUUAUCUAUAUUAAUCCAUUAGUAAGAAGGCUAUUGGAAUGUGAGAGCGUGGAAGAAAUUUACGAAUUGGCUGAAGAAAUAACAGGAUCUUUGAAACCGGAAGAGGUAUCAAGGAUAGAUGACGAACAAGACAACUUGUCAACAUUAUCAACUAGAUGAAUAUUUCCUACUCGUAUCAUUUAAGAAUUAAUAUUGUUAGAUGAACUAUGACAUGUAUUGUUAUUAUUUCCAAUUAAUAAAUUGAUGAUAACUAGACUA